UUCCUCAUUUUGCAUGCAUCAUCUCAUGCACAUCUGCCUUUGAACUUGUUCACCUAGUCUGUCGCAAGGCCGUGCGAACAUUAGCAACCAUGGCGGGAACGAAUGCCGGUACUGCGGCGGCCCUCCCCUUGCAGGAUGCCACUCCGGAAGAGAAGGCACGCAUUCAGAUCGGGCUGAUCGGCAUGGGCGACAUGGGACGGUUGUAUGCCUCGCGAUUCGCCGCUGCUGGCUGGAAGCAUAUCAACGUGUGCGACCAGCCACAGCAUUUUGAGGGACUUAAGAAGGAGUACGAACGGAAUGAGAACAUCAACGUGUUCCUGAACGGCCACCUCGUCUCACGGAUCAGCGACUUUAUCAUCUACUCAGUCGAAGCGGCUUAUCUGCGUGAUGCUGUCGCUGCGUAUGGGCCGUCAACGAAGCCAGGUGCGAUCGUGUCCGGCCAGACAUCUGUCAAGGCGCCAGAGAAGAAGGCUUUCGAAGCGCACCUACCGCAAGAUGUGCUGAUUAUCUCCUGCCACUCGCUUCAUGGCCCAAAGGUCGACACCGCUGGUCAGCCGCUGGUCCUGAUCCAGCAUCGCGCCCCGGACGCUUCCAUGCGUCUUGUCGAGCGUAUCUUUGCUUGUUUUAAGAGCCGCUACGUCUACCUCUCCUAUGAAGAGCACGACACGGUCACGGCCAACACACAAGCGGUGACGCAUGCCGCCUUCCUUUCCAUGGGCACGGCAUGGCGUUGUGCGAAUGAUUACCCAUGGGAAACGACGCGCUACCCCGGUGGAAUCGAAACGGUCAAGAUCAACAUCAUGCUCAGGAUCUACAGCGCCAAAUGGCACGUGUAUGCCGGUCUGGCGAUUCUCAAUCCCGCUGCACGGAUACAGGUCGAACAGUACGCGACGAGCACCACGCAGUUGUUCAAGCUCAUGAUUGCCGAGAGAGAAGAUGACCUCAUGCAACGCGUCUUCGAGGGUCGCCGGAAGGUCUUCGGCUGGAAGGACGACGAAGAAGGUGCCGGUGGAGGAGACGGUGCGGCACCGCAGGCAGCGGGGAGCAAUGCGGGCAAAGUGCCUCGCAAACCGAUCCUCCUGAGCGAUACGCUUCUGGACCGCUUUCACCUCGCGGCAAGGAGAGCGAUCACUGACGGCCAGCAGAGCGCUGCAGCGCCGACCGCGCAAAGCCCUCUGCCAAACUCCCACCUUGCACUGCUCGCUAUCGUCGACUGCUGGAGUGCGCUUGGCAUCGAUCCGUACGCACACCUCGAGUUGGCUGCGACGCCUGUCUUUCGCAUCUGGAUCGGCGUGUGCGAGUACCUCUUCCGAUCGCCCCACCGCCUGCGCACCGCCUGCAAGGCCGCCGUCCAAGGGCGCGACUAUCGCACAGACGACACCGAGUUCACGAUCGCAGCUCGGGGAUGGGCAGAGGCCGUGCGGUUUGGCAACUUCGACUUGUAUAAGUAUCGCUUCGAAGAGACGCGCGCCUUCUUUGAGCCGCGGUUUGAGGAGGCCGCCAAGGCGGGCGCGGAGAUGCUUAAAGUCGUUGCGGUGGAGAGACCAUAAAGGAGAACCAGAACCCUGAA